AUUUGAAAUUAUCUAAUCAGACCCCAAUUUGAACGUAAAGCUGUUUUUCGGCUAAGCUUUUGGUGAGAUUAAUGCCUGAUAAGCGAUUCAUGCCCUACGCAACUCGCGCGUGCUUUUUCCAUUGAAAGUAACAGUAAAUUACCAGCCUUUGGAAUUUAUUUAAUUUAUAAAGCUUUCGCUCUAAGACAAAAAUGAAAUUCUCCAAACUGGGCCACUCGUUGAGCGGAGCCUUGAGCUUACAUCUACAACAAAUUAAUUUUGUUUAAUUAAAAUGAAAAACGUGAAGAUGGAAAGUUUGCUGAGAUUCAGUUUAAGAAAUUGUGCAAGUGGAACAGAUAUUAAACAUAGUUUUUAAGGUUAUGUUUUAAUCUGAUAAAUGUUAUUUUUGUGCGAACGAAUGCGAGGGAACUUCUUCUCUUGAGCUGAUAGCCUUGUUUACUUGGCAAAAGCUCAAUUAAUCAAAGCAAUUGGAACUCCUGGUAAUCAGAUCAAUUCAAUUUUCAUUCACAAAAAGCUAAAAAAAGCUUUACGAUAAAAUUUCGUGGGCUACUUUAGGAUAGAUUUGGGUUCAGUUGUCGGUCAGCACUUUUAGCUGAAUGCAGCAAUUUUAUUGACUUUAAUAAACACCUGACACUAAGUAAUUAAAAUCCAGUGCUUAUCGCUAAUAAUAAUAAUAUAGAUAAUACGGAAGAACCUUUGACGGUUCGGAAAUAAACGGUCAGUAUCUAUUGAGUUAGUAUCUAUUGAACCAUCAUGGGAACUUUGUCCUUGAGCGACUACGAGGAUGUGCGCAUCUCGGCGCCCUGGGGUCACCUGGCGGGCCGCUGGUAUGGCAAUCGAUCGGAACGCCCCAUUCUGGCCAUUCACGGCUGGCUGGACAAUAUGGGCACCUUUGAUAGGCUGAUACCCUUGCUGCCCGACUACCUGGGCGUGUUGUGCAUUGAUCUGGUUGGACAUGGUUGCUCCGCACGUCUGCCACCGGGCAUGCACUACAGCGCAGACGAUUGGGUCCUGGCCAUAGCCAGGGUCAUGAACGAAUACAAGUGGCCGAAGGUCUCGUUGAUGGGUCACUCCCUUGGCGGUGUGCUCAGCUUCAUUUACACCUCGCUGCUGCCGCAUAAGGUGGAUCUGGUCAUCUCAUUGGACAUUCUUCUACCCCCACUUGACUCUGCUGAAGGCCUGUCGAUGAUGGGAUACUUUAUGGACAAGCAUCUGGUAGAAGAGGAGCGCGCUGAAGAGGUUUCAAUGCACGAGCCACCAUCCUAUACGCUGAAUCAGCUGCGCAGCGUCCUUAGCAAGGGCACCAACAACUCGGUGCCAGCAGAGUUCGCUCAGCAUUUGCUGCAUCGCAGCGUGGAGAAGUCGGAGCUAUAUCCAAAUAAGUUUUACUUUACCAGGGAUGGCCGAACUAAGUUUUACACUCUCUAUCCGUUGAAUCCGGGCUUGGCAGCUGAAAUGGCGCGUCGCAUUAAGGAUAUACCUUACCUCAUUAUUAGGGGAACCGAGUCUCCCUUUUUAAAUUCUGAGUCCGCGGAGGCCAUCUCAAUUUUAAAGAGGCAAAACCCCCACUUUGAAUACCACGAAGUGCGCGGAGCUCAUCACGUGCAUCUAGUCAGCCCCGAGCUGUGUGCCCAGUACAUAGUUCCCUUUCUGAGGCACUAUCGACCGCCUUCAGUGGCCAGCUGGUCGUUGGCUGGCGAAGACGCGUCCCUAAGCACACAGGAGCAUCGCUUGGCGCAGGAGAGCUUCUUUGCCAGGAAUCAGAAGAGACAGAACAAGCUGUAACAGGACACCAGGGAAAAGCUCAAUUGAAAACAGCGCAA